AUGCACUAUACAACCUCUGGAAUCGACUACGGGGAAGAUUCUCGCAAUAUCCCAGAGACUGAUACCAUCGAUAUUGGGGAGUCAGAUGAAAAUGUAACUCGAUGGUGGUAUGCUAUACUUGCUCGAAAUGAAGGAUGGAAAGCUAUUGUCAAGCGGACCCCCAAAAGCGACUUUCUCGCCCCUUGGGCGGUGUCUCGCACUUGCGAAACAUGUUUCACGAUCAGCCAGAAAAUCAAGUUAUCAAAUUCUCUAUAUACCCCUCUAACCUCAGAUGAAGCAUUUGAGGCUCUGGCUAAGUUUGCACUGUUGCAUGGACUGGGUAGUCAGUUUCCUAUUGCUCUUAUGACAGCGGUAACAUUCCCGACGCACCAAUACUAUGGCUCGACUGUCCAACUGCCAUUCCCAAGAGCAACUGGUGGUAAACAGCCCACGGCCCCUAUGGAUGUCAUUCCAUCAAUAUGGUCGAGUCAAAGGAAGCGCUACCUUACUACCUGA